GCCGCUGUCCGAGAUGCCCGGCGCGCUCCCCGGUGUUCCUGGCGCAGCCGCCGGGGAGCGGGAGGCAGCCCCGGCCGGGCCCGCGGAGGGAGGGGGCCCCGGGCGCUCCCCAGAGCCGUGCGGGUGGCGGGGAAUGUGGCGUGAUCCGGGAUCCCGUGACUCCGGGGCAGGCGGCGCUCCUUUGGGAAGCGGCUCCAGCUGGCGUGUGGCCGGUCGCGACCCCGGCGCGCUUCCUCACGCCUGAGAGACAUCGCCGCUCUGUCAGGGCGAAACUCGCUUCGUGCCUGUGUCCGCAACACGCCUCAGACUGGGAACGGAAGGAGUAUUGAGGCUCCUUUGAUCCCCUUUCCUGGCUGCUGCUGCUCGGAGCGGCUGCCCGGGUCUAGAAAAAACAGGAGGAUCUUUUCCUGUAACGAUGGCAACAAAAUCAUCACUCCUUAAAGUAAUACUGCUAGGAGAUGGUGGAGUUGGGAAGAGUUCCCUCAUGAACAGAUAUGUCACCAACAAGUUUGAUGCACAGCUGUUUCAUACAAUAGGUGUGGAAUUCUUAAACAAAGAGUUGGAAGUCGAUGGACAUUUUGUUACAAUGCAGAUAUGGGACACAGCAGGUCAGGAACGGUUUAGGAGCUUGCGGACUCCUUUCUACAGAGGUUCUGACUGUUGCCUGCUAACCUUCAGUGUGGAUGACUCUCAAAGCUUCCAAAACUUAAGCAACUGGAAGAAAGAAUUCAUUUAUUAUGCAGAUGUCAAGGAGCCUGAAAGUUUUCCAUUUGUGAUACUGGGUAACAAAGUUGAUAUCGAUGAAAGGCAAGUAUCUACAGAAGAAGCCCAAGACUGGUGCAGGAAUAAUGGCAACUAUCCCUAUUUUGAAACCAGUGCAAAAGAUGCCACCAACGUUGCAGCAGCCUUUGAAGAAGCUGUUAGAAGAGUUCUAGCCUCUGAAGAUAGAUCAGAUCACUUUAUUCAAACAGAUACUGUAAACCUUCAUCGGAAACCGAAGCCCAGCUCUUCUUGUUGUUGACUUAAAUUUCUUUUUGCCAAAUUACUGUCAACUAGCUUGCUCUAUAAAAGAAUGGAGAAGGUGUAAUAGAUAGAAUAACAAAUGGGUUUCACUCUAAUAUUAAAAUCGUAAUAUUCUGCUGCUUUCAUGGGGGAGAAAAAGAAAAAUCUCCAUUCAUGAGUGACCUGUUAUUGAAUUAGUGAUGCUUUCUGUUUAGGAAGACAUCGAGGAAAGAAAUAAUAUAAGAAUGUAAUUUGCCAACUUUAUUCAAAUGAUAAAUACUUUGAAUAUAAUUAAAACUUGAAAGUUCUAGAAGCACUACUUUGGAGAAGGUGUUCUGGAAUUCAGGCACAAAGAUACUUUUAUAUGUGUAUAUUUUUAUGAAAUCAGCAUUCCACUUUUGUUUCAUUAGAUGUCAGUUUCUUAACAAUGCUAGAUAUUAAACUUCAGUCUCACUACA